AUGCGCAUCCCUCUCUUCCGCAUCUGGUACUCGACCACGUACACGGCGAUUCUCAUCAUCCUGCUCGUGUUCCUCGCCGUCACCCCUGCCGACACGAUAUACCAGUCGAUUAAAUCCAAUGAAAUCCAGAAGUUGUUCGUCAUUGGCGGAGUCUAUGUGCUCACGAGUCUGAUUGUGUUGUUGAUUUACUCGACGCGCAUCUACACGAAUAGGACCGUGCUUGCUGCGAUACCGAAGAGCUAUGUGCCGGUCGAGGAGGGAGAAGUCGGCAAAGGUGUGAGGAGGAUGAUAGUCAAGCAUUUCAAGAGAAGUGCCGUUGUUGCGUGGGACAGCAGGCCGAGAGACCUCAGGGGGGAGGUCGAGGAUGAAGAUGAAGAGAAAGGGCAGCUUUCGCGCGCAGGAACGGCUGAGAGUAAGAAGGAUAAAGAAAAGUCACACAAAAAGAAAGGCCAUCACCACCAUGCGCCCGAUGCGACCAUUAUACCUGUCUCUCCAAAAUCGCCGCCUUGGGGACAUAUUUCCCAUCCUGGCUGGGCUUCUCCCUCUUCGCCGGACCUGCCUAACCUGCAAUAUUGGAGCGUUAUCUGCGAGCUUCCUAAUCUCAUCGAGGCAAAAGCCGUCUCACUUGCGCCGCCCGACCCUGCGCUUGAGGAAAGCGCCCAGCAAUACCCGGAUAAUGCACCGCCUCUACCAGAUGCUCGAAUCGUCACCCUGCUCCAGCGCCCACGUGCAAUGGGUUUGCGCGAAUACCUGUCCCGACUCGCAGAAUUUGGACUACUGAACCCACCCUCGCUCGGCCCUGCAUUCCUUGCCCAGUACGAAUAUGCGCGCUUCUCCACAACCAGCCUAACCGAAACACAAUUCCGCGACCUCAUGGCCAUAUUUGCAGAAGUCCUAAACGGUAUGACAGAAGUAGAUCCGGUCGUUAUCGAGGAAGCACGCGCACUGGAUGUGGAAUCAGACACACGCAGUCUUGCGCCUACAGAAUCCAGCAUGGACUCGACCAUCUCCUCACACUCGCACAUGCCCUACCGUACACCACAACUCGACCGCAAAUCCACCCUGUCUUCUCUCAACAGCUUCCUGUCCACAUCAAGCAGCGACGCCUCUACACCGCACUCUCCACAAACCGUCCGCACCGCUCCCUCACGCCAGCACGAGCGCGGCUCCACCAUCUACGGCACACCUUCGCAGCGCUCGCUCGCCGGCUCGGAAUCCGAAACGGGAUCCGUGGUUAUCCAUGCCCGCUCACGACGCAGCCCGAGCACCAUUCUCCCGAAUUCCAGUGAGAGCUCCCUGGGUUCCGCGGGCAGUGUUAUACGCUUAAAUUUGAAUCCGAGUGAGGGCGAGUUGCCGUAUCAGUAUAAUAUCGACGGGGGAUGA